GCUGCCUGAAACCUGACCGUGUCGCUUCCUCUUCUAAUCCUGUUGCAAUGGCUCCACGCACCGCCGAGCUGUUCGAAAUGAUGAGCGGCGCCGUGGAUGAGGUGGGUCCGUCUUUAGUGAGCAAGGUGAAGGGCGUCAUCAAGUUUGACGUCUCGGGCGCCGGCGCUUGGCUCGUGGAUCUCAAGAACGGCAAAGGCAGCGUCAAGUCUGCCACUGCCAGCGACAAAGCCGAUCUGACCAUCUCGCUGUCCGAGGAGAACUUCCUCAAGAUGAUGGACAAUAAGCUAAACCCGCAGCAGGCGUUCAUGAAGGGGCUGGUGAAGAUCAAGGGCAACAUGGGACUCGCCAUGAAGCUCAACGUAGUUUUGGCAGCCACUCGCAACUACAUGAAGAAGAAAAACACGGGCGCUAAGCCAGCAGGAGCUGCUCCUGCAGCUACUGUCCCAGAAACUACUGGAGGACUCAACGCUAAGGAGAUUUUCCGUCUACUAGGAGAAGUAGUAGCUAAGGAUGGCGCUGCGAUGACCAAGAAGGUUAAAGGGAUCAUCCAGUUCGACAUCACGGGAGCUGGCAAGUGGAACUUGGACCUCAAGAGCGCCACACCAGCACUUACGGAGGGCUCCAAGAAGGCAGAUGUGACAUUUACGAUCAAUGACGCCGACUUUGUCGCUAUCGCCAUGGGCAAGCUUAACGCUCAGCAGGCAUUCAUGAAGGGUAAACUCAAACUCAAGGGAAACAUGACACUCGCCAUGAAGCUCCCGGUCGUUUUCAACGCUCUCAAGCCGCAGUCCAAGCUGUAAGAGGCACUUCAGUAUCCAGAGUCCAAGACACUGAAAAAAUGAAUUUCAUUGCAAAAUUUCUCUUAAAAUACUACAGCAGUAGUCGUUGAAUUUCUAAA